CGUCCUGGUGUCGACCUUGAUGACCUGGCCUGAUGCUCAGUCUUACUGCAGACAGACAUACAUAGACCUGAGCAGCAUGAUUGAUUCAUAUUUCAACACCAUUGUUGCUAACAUGUUGACAUCUUCUAAUCAGGCCUGGAUUGGACUGUAUAGAAAUUACUGGACGUGGUCAAACUCGAGCACAGCCUCAAACCUGCCGUGGGGGUCCGGGCAGCCUGAUGACACUCAAAACUGUGCCACAAUAGAUGUAUCAACGGGCUCCUUCUACAGUCUUAAUUGUAAUGAACAACGCCCCUUCCUCUGCUCCAGAGAUGUCAAAUCUUCCCGAGCCUUGAGGUCAGUGAAGGUUCAGCUGAGGGCAGGAUCUGCAGACCUGAACGACCCCACAGUGCAAGAAUCCAUCCUGCAGCAGGUGAGGGAGAAGCUGCUGGAGCAAGGGAUCAGAGAAGAGGUGAAGCUGAGGUGGAAGACGCAGCCUGAUGGGGAGAUUUUCCACAGAGAGGAGGAGACAGCCGGUUACUGUGAGAAGGAAGACUGUGGGUCGGUUUAGUCUGAACGUUAUUGGCUGAUGUUCCUCAGAUGAUCUGCUGUGUAAUUCAACUAAUUUCCAUCUCUAUACUCUGACUGCUGGACUAUAAUAGCGUAGCUUUGCAUGACUGAUAGUUGGAAAUAAUCCUUCUUUAUCCUAAGCUCAGAUCACA